AUGUCUAGGGCUCCCAUUCUCAUUAAGGAGCUGGUCCAAGGGAACCAGGUGUGGAAAAUGCACAUCAGGGUCGUUGACAUGUGGGUUGUUACAGAAAAAACAGGGUAUCAACACCUAGAGUGUGUUCUACAAGAUGGAACGGGUGACCAAAUCCAUGUGACCACUAGCCGUUGGGAUUUCAAAGAUUGGAUAGAGCAGAUCAAAGAGCAUGAAACUUAUUAUCUGUAUAAUGGGGAGCCCGUGGUUAAUGAUGGCCCUUUGAAAGUAUGUUCGAACCCUCUCAAGAUUCUUUUUAAUGGAGGGACUACUCUCACCAAGGUGGACAUACCGGACAUCCCACCACACAAAUUCAACUUCCAUGCCAUUGAAAACUUUCUCAAUGGACAUUUCAAGCCUGAUAUGCUCUAUGAUGUUAUUGGUGUCUUGCAAGAUGUUGUUAAGACACAAAUGGGGGGUGGGGGUAAGAAGUCCUGUACCAAUAUCACAUUACGUGACGUUGUAGGAAAUGCCAUUGAAGUUGCUUUAUGGGGUGAUUUUAGCAAACAAUUCAUGGACUACAAGACUCUUGGCAAACAUGUUGGUCCCACAAUUAUCAUUUUGACUCAUGCUUGGUGUAAGCCCAAUACAGUAUCUGGAUUACCAAGUCUAUCUAAUGCUUGGAAUGGCUCGAAACUACUGAUUAACUUAGACCAUCCACAAGUGGAAACCUUCAAAACCAGUUUUGGAGCAGCUGAUUUCUCAAAUGCAUCCAACCUUUCUCUAUCACUAACUUGUGAUUCAUCCAUUCAAUCCACAAACCAGAAUUGGACUAGCCGUAAUGAGGUCAGGACUAUCCGUGACAUUUAUGAAGGAGAAAAGGAUUGUUUUGCAACUACUAUUGGAACUACCAAACGAUUCAAGGCUUCAAGGUUUGGAUGGUUUUUUGAGUGCUGCCCAGGAUGUAAGAUUUCUAUCAAGACCGUUGGAGGGAAAGUUCAGUGCCACUGUGGAGUUAAAGAUGAUAAGGAUUGUGUCCCAUAUACUAAACUGUCUGCUAAAGAGUUAAGAAAGCUCAUGAUAGCGAAUGGAGAAGACAACCCAAAAAUAUGGCCGGCUCAAGUUGACAAUUUGUUGAAUAAGGAAAUGGCGUUCCGUAUCAAAUUUCAAUCAUCUUACAAACAGUAUUCAAUUGUGACAAUUCUUAAUGAGGAUAAUGUUUACAACAAACUUAAGGGCUACCUAACCCUGGAUGAGGAGCAUACAUCAAAUGCUCCUGUUUUGGAGAUCUCCAAUUCUGAUCCAAAUCAUGAGCCAACUGAACCUAUUAUGACACUUUCUGCUCAAGCUUCGAUAUCUCCUCAACCUUCGUCUGCAAGCUCCGGCAGCACACCUGCCAAGAGGGGAGCUAUUUCAACAUCAGUUAAUGAGUUGAUUGAGGCUGAAGAUCUGACUCCUAAACAAUCUGCUACUAAGGCUAAGACUACAAGAAAGAUCAAGCAUAUCAAGAUGGAGUAA